AUGUCCGCGGCAUCGCAACCUAGUCCUGUUGCACGUACGCAACCUACACUAAUAUCAAAAACUGGGAUUUCUAGCCCUCCUGCAUCUCAACAAUUGAUACAAUCAACACUGAAUAUAAGCGCCAAAAGUGUGGAUAACAUGUCAACAACAACGCUUUCGAAAGGUCAAGGUUUUUCAAGAGCUACUUCUGAUGUUUCUUUACAUGCUAAAGUAGAUAUGCUGAUCCAGGAAUUUAAGGCCUUCAAACUGAAUUCAACCGCAAACUCAGCCAAGGGUGGAGGCACAUCUACAAUAUUAUCGGCAAUUUAUAGCAAGUCCGCUGGAGAAAUGGCUGAGCUGCUGUUACACUGGCCUGAAGUCAAGAACAUAAUAGAUCUUGUUCAACUGUGCAAGCAUAUCAGAUUUUUUUCUGGGGAUCAAGUACAACGAGUGUUAUCAGUUUUGAGAUGUGAUACGUGUUUUAACUAUAUCAGAAGCAAACGGCCGACGAAGUCGCAUACACCAAGCCCAGCAGAUGUGGCAAAAAAGGGGCUAGGAGGGUAAGUUUCUAUGCAGACCAUGCUUGCUUACUGAAUGCAGUAUACAAUACAUUUUUGAAAAUGUGUAACUGCAUGUUUCUCAUCUUAUAUCUUUAAGUUAUUCAGGAUCACUUGCCACUGGUUUACUGCUCACUGCUAAGAAAGCUGCCUUAUACUUAGAGAGGGUGGGAAUCAAGAAUUCUAUAGACUGA